CACCUGACCCGCCUUCGCUGCCCACGCCCCUCCCGGGCCCAGCGCCCAGGCCCGCCCGCUGCAGGUGGAGCAGCCGCGGCCCGCGAGUAGGUGCACGGGAUGAUCUCACCGCGUGCUGCGCGCCAGGAGGAGGAGGAGGAGCAGGAGGAGCGGGAGCGAUCCCAACUUCCGGGUAGUGCAGCCGCACGCCGCGCCACGGGCGUCUUGCUUUCUGCUCCCCCCUCCCCCGUGUCCCCCUCGCCUCUCCCUCCUUGCCUUUUAUCCCCAGCCCCACCCGCCAAAAUGAACAGCUCGGACGAGGAGAAGCAGCUGCAGCUCAUCACCAGCUUGAAGGAGCAAGCAAUAGGCGAAUAUGAAGACCUUCGAGCAGAGAACCAGAAAACAAAGGAGAAGUGUGACAAGAUUAGGCAAGAACGAGAUGAAGCUGUUAAAAAGCUGGAAGAGUUUCAGAAAAUUUCUCACAUGGUUAUAGAGGAAGUGAAUUUCAUGCAGAACCAUCUUGAGAUAGGAGAAGACAUGCUCGAGAGAGUGCUGAAAGCCCUUGGCAACGAAGGGGAGUCUGUGCAAGCCCUAAACAAAGAGAAUAAAACACUGAAAAGGAUCAGCAUGUUAUACAUGGCCAAACUGGGACCAGAUGUAAUCACGGAGGAGAUAAACAUUGAUGAUGAUGACCCCGCCACUGACACGGAUGGCACAGUAGAGACCUGUGUGUCAGUCCAGUGUCAGAAGCAAAUCAAAG